UACGCAACCGGAGUCGCCAAAGAACACAGACGCUGGACGCUCUUCGUUACGCAGGUCGUAACAAAGUUGGAAUGAGCGUGUUUUUUAUUUUGUUACUGCGACAACUAAUGACACCAUGGAGAACCAAGACAAAAUAAUUUGCUCGGAGCUUUUUCAGAAGCAGAGGAAGGUAGAAGUUGUUCUCUAUCCGGCUGUUCUUGCGUGGAAGGAAAUUGAGAAAAGCAGUAAACGGAGCUCUGGGACCUCUGAAUCAGAACACAGCCAGACUGUUAAAGUGUGUGAAAUUGUGGCAGUUCACAAGACAGAAGACGAAGCUGACGCACAAGCCAGGAGCCAUCCGAAGAAGAUAAACCAGCCCUCUCAGCAGUAUCCCUAUGCAUUCACAGUUUCUUACGUGAGGAGGACCAGGCAACACCUGUGGUGUUGCGCCGACGUCACCUUUCACUGCGCCGACCAGCAGAUCUGCGAGCAGUGGAUCCAAGUUGCAAACGAGCAGCUAUCAUUACUCACCAACCGACCCAAGAACCUGCUGGUGUACAUCAAUCCGUACGGAGGGAAGCGGCGCGGGGAGCGCAUUUACGAGCAGAAGGUGGCUCCGGUGUUCCGGCGGGCCGGCAUCUUUACAGACGUGAUUGUUACAGAGCGCGCUAAUCAUGCCAGGGACCACUUGAAAACGGAGGCCAAUCUAGACGAUUAUGAUGGGGUGGUGUGUGUGGGUGGAGACGGGAUGUUUAGCGAGAUCCUGCACGGCCUGGUGACCAGGAUCCAGACGGACCACGGUGUGGACCAGAACCAACCGGAUGCUGAGCUGGUGCCGUGCUCUCUGCGUAUUGGGAUUAUUCCUGCAGGGUCGACUGACUGUAUCUGCUUUGCUACUCAGGGAACAAACGAUCCAGUUACAUCUGCCUUGCACAUCGUUGUUGGCGAUUCACAGCCAAUGGAUGUAUGUUCGGUUCAUCAUAACGGCGUCUUCCUCAAAUAUUCGGUCUCUUUGCUUGGGUAUGGUUUCUACGGCGAUGUUUUGACGGACAGUGAGAGGAAUAGGUGGCUUGGUCCUGCAAGAUACGACCUGUCAGGGUUUAAAACCUUUUUGUCCCACAACUACUACGGUGGGACGGUUUCUUUCCUGCCAGCAGACGACAACGUGGGGCAUCCGAGAGACAAGCUGCAGUGUCGAUCUGGGUGUCGCAUCUGUCAGCACAAGCACUCAUCAAAAGACGAGCACGACGAGGCGUCGGAGGAGAAGGAAAAGGCGGCUGAAGAUAGCGAUAGAGGCUGGAGUGUGAUCCACGGCAAGUUUAUUGCCAUCAACUCGGCCAGCAUGAGCUGCGCGUGUCCUCGGAGUCCGAAAGGCCUGUCGCCCUUCGCCCACCUUGCCGACGGCACCACCGACCUGAUCCUGGUCAGGAAGUGUUCCCGUCUGGACUUCUUCAGACAUCUUCUUCGACACACCAACAACGACGACCAGUUUGACCACUGGUUCGUGGAGGUCCACAGGGUGAGAAAGUUUCGCUUCCAGCCAGGGCAUCCGGACUUGGCUCCUCUGGAAGACGCCAGCGAACAUCCAGAGAGUCCAGACCUCAGUCCCAUCUCCUCUCUCCAAGAAACCUACGACGACCGCACCGCCGAGAGCAGCUGGAACUGCGACGGGGAAAUCCUGCAUCACACCGCCAUUCAAGUCAGUGUCCAGUGUCAGCUGAUCAGGCUGUUUGCUCGGGGAAUCGAGGAGCAGCAAGACGCAGAGGUGGCCGUGUGACGACAUUUGACCGGCGUCAUGUCCUGAAGACACAAAGACUGAAAAGGAGUAGGGGGAGAAAAAUAAAAGACUUGAAAGUGUUGAUUUCCUGGAAAAGCACAUACAACA